UGUGUCGCUCGUGAGUCACAUUGAUUCGUCAGUUCUGCGAUCAUUCAGCAUCAUGCCUGAACCAGCCAAGUCCGCGCCUAAGAAGGGCUCCAAGAAGGCCGUCACGAAGACCGCCGGUAAGGGAGGAAAGAAGCGCAGAAAGUCCAGGAAGGAGAGCUACGCCAUCUACGUGUACAAAGUGCUGAAGCAGGUUCAUCCUGACACCGGCAUCUCCUCCAAGGCGAUGGGCAUCAUGAACUCUUUCGUCAACGACAUCUUCGAGCGCAUCGCCGGUGAGGCGUCUCGUCUCGCUCACUACAACAAGCGCUCCACCAUCACGUCGAGAGAGAUCCAGACCGCCGUGCGUCUGCUGCUGCCCGGUGAGCUGGCCAAACACGCCGUGUCUGAGGGCACCAAGGCCGUCACCAAGUACACCAGCUCCAAGUAGAGUCCCCGAGACUCCCACACACCCAAAGGCUCUUUUAAGAGCCACC